AUGCAGGUAUUCAGUCGAGAUGUUGGACACUAUACACAGAUGGUUUGGCAAUCGAGUAGGGAGCUGGGAUGUGGCGUGAAAGUUUGCGACAAGUUCGUGCUUGCAGGUUGCCAGUAUCAGAGACGAGGGAAUUUCAUCGGAGCGGACAUCUACGAAAAAGGGAACACAUGCUCAAUGUGUAACUGCCCACAGUGCCAUUGUGAUCCUGGUGUUGGCCUUUGUGAUGCCCCAUGA